CAUAGUAGGUCAGACCAUUUCAUAUGAAACAAAUUCAUUUCAAUAAUAAGAGGCUCCCUGUAAAUAAAUGAACACUAGCUAACUAUUUUUUUGACUGUAUUCUGGUGUUUAUAACUCAUUGCUCUCAGGAAGUGGUGAAGAUCUUUCAAAAAAGAUUGUACUUUUUUUGCACUGAUUAGUAAUAGCAAACCAAAUGGAGUCUUCAUUUUUGUAUACAACGUUUAAUCCGCUUUAUUUUUAUCAUCCCGCCGCUUAUAACAUCAAAAUGACAUGUAUAACUAGCUAGCCAUUAGCACAACAAACAUUAGCUAACUAGUUUUAUAUUGACUUUUCUUCUAUUUCUGGAGUAUAAAAUAAAAAUAGGACCAACACCCGUUUUUCGAUUUUCAAUAUUAGUUUUUAAAAAUAAAAAUAUGACGAAAAAGCGCACCUGCUGUGUUAAAGCAUUUGUAAGUGAUCAUGGAUGUAGCGCCCCCUUCAUAUCAGGAGUGUAAUGGAGCUACUUCCAUAUAUGGUAUGGCUCGGGCCUCGGGCGCGACCCCGCCCCUUACGUUUUGCUGCAGCGAGGGCUCACUCCCUUUGGAGGCAGGGCGGUCUUUUUUGACAUGGGUGGAGCGCACACAGUCAGGAAAUAUCGAGAAGAGGAGGCUGCUGAGUGAGCRGUCACCGGAUGAACCGCCAAAUGAACUUUUAUCAUCAUGCAGACGAGAACACAGGGUCUGAGCUGCAGGAUCACGCACGUUUUAAGAACUAACUGAAGAUGCAGGGAGCCGUCGCACGCGUGUGCAUGGUGGUGGCCGCUGCCAUAUUAAACCACCCCCUGCUCUUUCCACAAGAAGACCUCACGCCGCCGGAGCAGGACGAGGAGCUGGUGGCUCGCAUGCGGGAGCACGAGGAGAGGCUGGAAAUGGAGCAGGCCAGGCUCGAGAGGGAGCUCUCCCAGAUGGACUCCAGGCAGGAGGAAAGCCGCUCCGACGACGGGUACGCUUGGUACUUUUGGAGCGCGGUGUCUUUUGUGAUAUUCUUUACCAUCGAGAUGUGUCGGGUAGACCUCGCCGACAGUGAACUCGGGGCAGUUGAGGACGAAGACGUAACCGAGGGUGGAUCUCUCCCAAACAGGAUGGUAGCACUUGAUAAGAACGUCCUGAGGAACUUCUGUGACAAGGGCACCUACACCUCAAACCACGAGCGCUGGAGGGUGAGGGAGUUUGUCGAGGGAUUUGCUGACGACCUGCUCGAGUCGCUCAGGACGGUGCACGACAGCGAGGCGGAUCUGGAAGUUGGGGACUUUGUCGGGAUCGGAAGCAUGUUUGAGUCUUGGAAGGUGUUCAAGCCCCUCACGUGUGACCUUAUCGUGGCYUUGUCACCUGCGGACCCCCGUGCCUUCCGGUACGAUCUGUGGUGCGGCUCCUCCACGGACGUAGCUCCAGACAUGCAAGGCUGCGGCACAGUAAAGGCGACUAGAUUCAGAGGGGGUGAGGACGACUGUCUCUGCGGCUCCGUGGACCUGGGGGAGGACAUGCUGUGUCUGUUACACAGCAGGGACGACACAGUCCAAGUGAGCCACGGUCCAGAUGAGCCGCUGUGCUCCAAGGACUCUCAUUUUUUAGCCAAAGAUCGGGUCAUGAGCUGGUUUCAGAUCGCCGUGACCAGAGCGUGGGGACGCAUCUCUCACAAGUACGACUUUGACGUCACUUUUCGCGACCUGGACGCCGCCGGCGCUCUGAAAAUCCGAUUCCCCUCAGGAAAAGUCAUCGGGCUGAACAUCAUCCCGGCGGUUCAGCUGUGGGGGACAGAUGCUUACUUUGUGUCGCGCUUUCCGUCAGAUCGCGACAGCUGCCCAGACCCACACUGGCCUCUGUCUUUUGCAGUCUACGAGCAAAACCUCCUGAAAUAUUUAGCCAAACGCCUACCAAAGAACUCCUGCCAUCUACACUGUCUUCAGAUCGUUACUUUCCUACACAGGAAGCAGUCGGGUCUAACCGGACCGAGCGCUCUCAUCAGCUACCACCUAAAAACRGCCGUGUUGCACUUGUUGCUGAGCACGAGGACCGCCUCGUGGGGCGCCGAGUGUUUGGAGCGCAGGCUGCAGGACGUGUUCCGCUUCUUGCAGAUGAGCCUGCAGGAGAAGAGACUUCACCACGCUCUGGUGGGGAACCCGAAAGUGCCGGCGGAACUCCAACUUCCCGAGACUUUUCGCAAAGCAGAGCCCAUUAAUUUGUUCAGGKCUCUGGUGCUGCAACGGGAACCCUACGCAAACGCCGUCAGGCAUUUCCAGGAGAUGUUGAGAAACGCGCCCGUUCUCCUUGAAGAAUACACCCCUUAUUUAUCGAACGGACGUUUGCGCCACAGUCUGGAGGAGCUGAUGAGUGCUGGCCACUCUGCACAGUAGUUCUCUUUAAAUAUCAGCGUUACAAGGAUGAACAGAUGGCUAUUCUUUAGAGUAGAAUAUAGCCUAACAAAUAUAAUUCAAUGUGUUUUUUCUUUCUGCAGAAACAUGUUUUAGAAGAUUACAUGUCAUAUUUUAAGUCUAAAUUUGAACCAUUUAACAAACAUUACAGCAGUGUUGUUUUUUCAACUAUUUGACUGGCAGCUAUUACUAGUUUUAAUGUUCAUGCUAAACCUUUUUUACUGCCUUUGAAGAUGUUUUUUGUGAUUUUUUUUUCCUGGUGUCAGAUCUUUGCACUUUUUAUCAAUCAGUUCACAAGUUCAGAGCAGAGAUUUGUAAAGGUUUCAGUUUUAUUAUAAGAAAAACAAACUUAAAGUGUUUCAGAUGCCUUUCUUGACAACUCAGACUUUGCCUUUAAGAAAUAAUGCAAGUUAAGACAAUGCUCAUUGAAAGUAAAGGCAGACCUGACCCGGGAGUA